AGAAACGCAAAAGAGAAUAAUGGAAGUAGAGCUAUAGAUGAAUAAGGAAAUAAAAGGUGUCUGUGGUAUGAGAAUACAGAGAUCAGCACAGCACCCACCAUGAACAAAACCUUCCUCCUUUUGUGUUCUUUGCUCUUCUGUGAAUCUUCCUAGGGUUUUUUAAAAUUGUUCUCUUUUUCUUCCCCAUUUUCUUGAUCCUUUUCUUGUAACUUUGUGUUCUUCUUGUGCAAAAAAUUCUGGGUUUGGUGACUCCUUUAUUAUGUAUCUUGGGCAUCUCUAUUGUUGCACAAAUUGUCUGGAGUUUCUGCUUUCUUGAUUUUUAAAAUAAAAAAUUCCAUAUCUUUUUGGAUUUUUGCUGUCUAAAAUCUUGUUGGCUUUUUUUCUUUAAUUUUUUUAUUUUCAGUUUUAGAUUUUGCAAACAGUUUUUUCAAGCUGUUCAUGUACUUUUGCCUUUGUCAGUCAUCCCUGAUAUAUAUAUAAUAUUAUUCUUUUAGCUGUCACUCAUGUUGUCAAAAUUUUUGAUGUUUUAGUCAGCGUUUUAUUAGUUCUCUUCAACUUCUAGAUUUUUUUUUAAAAAUUUUUUUAUUUAACUUCCAAGUCUUAUAGAGCUAAAUCAUAACAAUCUUCUUCCAAAUUUCCGGAAAUGGUGAGAGGAAAAAUUCAGAUGAGAAGAAUUGAAAAUGCAACAAACAGGCAAGUGACUUUCUCAAAGCGAAGAAACGGCUUGUUAAAGAAAGCGUACGAGCUCUCGGUUCUUUGUGAUGCAGAAGUUGCUGUGAUCAUUUUUUCUCAGAGAGGCAAACUCUAUGAGUUCUCAAGCAACGAUAUGCAAAAAACGAUACAACGAUAUCAUAAACAUGCAAGAGAAGUGCAAAUCAACAACUAUGAAGUCGAACAGUAUAUGCAGCAAUUGAAGCUGGAAAGUGCAAACAUGGCAAAGAAGAUCGAGCUUCUUGAGGAUUCUCAGCGGAAGCUUUUGGGGCAUGGCGUAAGUUCUUGUUCUAUUGAGGAACUACAAGAGAUUGAUGGUCAGCUAGAGCGAAGUUUACGUAGCAUCAGAGCAAGAAAGGCUCAAUUAUACAAGGAGCAGAUAGGGCAACUAAAAGAAAAGGAAAGGCUCCUUUUAGAAGAGAAUGCCAAGUUAUGUGAAAAGGAGGGCUUAACCCAAGGAAGUAAUACAUUUGUUUCAACACUGAUACUAGUGUGGUGCAAAGCCGUGGCAGCCAUCAUCGGUUCAAGAAAAAGUAGCUGCAACCGAUUGCUCUCAAGGUAGCCUCCAGAAUUCAGAGGUAGAGACGGAGCUCUUCAUCGGCCUACCAGAAAUCCGCUGCUGAUGGAUUGUUGAUCAUCUCUGGAAAUGCCAAAAAAAGUAUAUAAUUUUACAGCUCAAUCUAUUUCAAUUUCUAGUUAUUGAUUGUAUGGAAGUGUAAAACAUAGCUUUUGUAAUAAAUCCGAAAUAGUGAUGCACAAUUUCAAUUUGUAUGUCAUAUAUAAAUAAUCAAGUAUAUGUGUUGAAGGUGUAA